GAGAGAGAGAGAGAGAGAGGUGGGGAGUACGUGUCCCACCGUUGAGCCAUGAGAAUCCCCGACCCGAGCACGGGCGCCACCGUUACUGCGCAAUCUGAACGCAACCGCCUCUUCAAUCCUUGUUGAAUUGCUCGGUCGCUCGCUCGUGCCAUGAUCUACGAGAGAUCGUGAAGGGAGUGAAGGCGGGCGGGGCCGAAUCCGCCGAUGAGGGGAGGAGGAGGAGCAGCGACGGCGAGACUGGCGGUGGCCGCGAGGGCCUUCUCCUCCGCCGGCGGCGGCGUGGCCAUGGUGCAGGGCGCGUCCCGGGGGAUCGGCCUCGAGUUCGUGCGGCAGCUGCUGCGGAGGCGCGACCAGGGCCGCGUCGUCGCCACGUGCCGCGCGCCGGGCUCCGCCGCCGAGCUCCAGAAGCUCAAGGAGGAGCACGCGCCGGGGCGCCUCACCGUGCUGCCGCUCGACGUCACCGACGAGACCACCAUAGAGGCCGCCGCGUCCUCGAUCCAAGAGACCCACGGUUCUCUUGACCUGCUGAUCAACUCCACCGGCAUCCUUUCCAUCCCAAACGUGAUACAACCAGAGACUACACUGAGCAAAGUUCAGAAGUCAUCCCUGCUGCUGGCCUAUGAGGUGAAUGCAGUCGGCCCGAUCUUAGUGAUCAAGCACAUGUGGCCAUUACUGAAGGUUGGAGGUCGCUCCGAGACCGGGAGAGGAUUCUCAUUGGUUGCAAACAUAAGCGCUAGAGUGAGUUCGAUAGGAGAUAAUGGUCUGGGAGGCUGGCAUUCAUACAGAGCUUCUAAAACGGCGCUGAACCAGUUGACGAAGACAGUGUCAGUAGAAUUUGGCAGGAAGGACAACAUUGCCUGCAUCCUGCUGCAUCCAGGAACCGUGGAUACAGACCUCUCACGGCCAUUCCAGAGAAACGUCCCCAAGGAUAAGCUCUUCACGAGAGAAUUCUCCGUGCAGAAGCUCCUCUCCAUCAUUGACAGCGUCAAGAAAAGCGACAACGGCAAGUUCUUCGCAUGGGAUGGCCAAGAAAUCCCUUGGUGACUCGUGAUCGCUGUUUCAGCCAGCAGUAUACAGGUCAACAAUGAGAACAAUUUUUCUUUUUUGCAAAGUGUUGUCCUGUUAUCGACCAUUCCACGUAAUCGCUCCGGAUUUUCCACAAGCGCAUGCCACCACAUUCAGAAGUGAGCUGCUGUAGAACAGGAAGAACCACCUGCCAUGGCGAUAGGUUUUUCAUUCACUUUCCGGCUCCAUAGAAAAAGAUGUGAAUGUCUGCUGAUUAGUGAUGACGCAAAUUUUAUUCAAUUUUAUUUGAGUCCUUUAAUUUUGGGAAUUUUUCUCAUUCAUGAUGAUCCAUCAAUCUGCUCUUGACAUGUGAAGGCGUCGAGAGAAGUCAAUAGUAUUAUUUAGAUAUUACCCACCUAAUGCGCGUUUGACCCAAAAGGAACUGGAGAAGAGAGAACACGUUGGUUAGAGGCUUGGAGCCACCAAUGAAGACUGGUCAUACUGUGCGCAGCCUUCUCUGCAGCCGGUGCAAUCAUGGUUAGGAUAACAUUUUGAUAAAUAAUUACUCUGUUAACAUUUUGUUCAUCUUUGUAUGUUCAUAAGGAUAUGUUUUUUAAUUCAAAUCUAAUGGCACCAGCUCUGUAAACUAUGUAUUUGUAAAGUAACUGUUUGUCAAUGACUUGCAUUAGCGAUCAGCCUUGUAAGUUUAAA